GGGCGGAGGUGGUGGAGGUGAGGGCGGAUCCCGACGUCUGCAACUGGUGCUGCGCUUCUGUAGAUAGUGCCGGCAUCUGGGUCUCCGCCUUGGCCACACACAGGUCGUCUGCGCUCGCCGCCGGGUCCGGUGUGGUGUCGAGCCGGCCGCCUACUGCAGUGUGUCAACGCCCGGCGCGGCGCAAACCCCGGCGCUCCCCCGAGGUGCGUCAGCUCCCAGCCUCGCCGGGUCAGGUCAGUCAUUCCUCGAGGCCGCGCCUUUCCGGGCCCUGCCAGGCACCCCCAACUCUCCCCGGCCGCCGGGGUGCGCGAACCCGGAGGGGGGCGAGGCGAGGCGGCGCCCUGCCUGCACCGAGCGGCUCCCAGGGACCGGAUGGCGGGAAUCGGGACGCGUCGGCAUCCCUGAGCGGGCUAUCAGGACACUGCUGGGCAAAGGAGCGAGGCAGCGUCCCAGUGGCGCGCGUGGGCAGUGCUUCUGAUCCUUUCCAAAGUUCAGUUAUGGGUGUGAGAGGUUUGCAGGGGUUUGUGGGAAGUAGCUGCCCACAUAUAUGUACGGAAGUAAAUCUCAGAGAACUGGCAGAGCACCACCAAAGCAGGCACCCUGGAUGUACUCCUACCAUUGUAGUGGAUGCCAUGUGCUGUCUCCGUUACUGGUACACUCCAGAAUCUUGGAUCUGCGGUGGCCAAUGGCGAGAAUACUUUUCUGCUCUGCGAGAUUUUGUUAAAUCCUUUACAACUGUUGGCAUCAAGUUGAUAUUUUUCUUUGAUGGCAUGGUGGAGGAGGAUAAAAGAGAUGAGUGGGUAAAGCGAAGACUUAAGAACAACAGGGAGAUAUCCAGGAUUUUCCACUAUAUCAAGUCACACAGGGAGCAGCCAGGGAGAAACAUGUUCUUCAUCCCCUCAGGGCUGGCCAUAUUUACUCGGUUUGCUCUGAAGGCACUGGGCCAGGAAACCUUGUGUAGCUUACAGGAGGCAGACUAUGAGGUAGCAUCCUAUGGUCUCCAGCACAACUGUCUGGGGAUUCUUGGGGAAGACACUGAUUAUUUAAUUUAUGACACUUGCCCCUACUUUUCAAUUAGUGAGCUGUGCCUGGAAAGUCUUGACACCAUCAUGCUCUGUCGAGAGAAGCUCUGUGAAAGUCUGGGUCUCCAAGUGGCAGACCUUCCUCUGUUGUCCUGCCUGCUUGGCAAUGACGUCAUUCCAGAGGGCAUGUUUGAAAGCUUUCGGUACAAGUGUUUGUCUUCCUACACUUCUGUGAAAGAUAACUUUGAUAGAAAAGGCAAUGUUAUUUUAGCUAUAUCAGAACAUAUAUCCAAAGUUCUUCAUUUGUAUCAAGGUGAGAAAAAACUAGAAGAGAUGUUACCUUUGGGACCAAACAAAGCUCUUUUUUACAAAGGAAUAGCAUCAUAUCUUUUGCCAGGACAGAAAUCUCCAUGGCUUUUCCAGAAACCCCAAAGUGUAAUAAUGGACAAGCAGGUAAUAUCCAUGAAUUCAGAUCCUGACUGCAAGCAAGAGAUCCCCAUAUAUGCAGAUCCUGAAACCAAGGAAGAAGUUCCCAUGUGCACAGAUCCUGAAUCCAAGCAAGAACUUCCCGUAUGCACAGACCCUGAAGUCAAGCAAAAAUUACCUGUAGGAACUGACCGUGAAUUUAAUCUAGAAGCACCCAUGUGUACACACCCUGAAAUUAAUCAAGAAGACCCCAUGGAUAUGGAGCCUGAAAUAAAGCAACAAGUAACUGUGGUCUCAGACCCCAGAAUCUUAAAGGUUGCUAGGACUCAUCACGUCCAUGCAGAAAGCUACCUGGUGUACAACAUCAUGAGCGGCAGGGAGAUUGAGUGCAGCAAUACCCUGGAGGAUGAGCUGGACCAAGCCCUGCCCAGCCAGGCCUUCAUCUACCGUCCUGUCCGACAGCGGGUGUACUCACUCCUACUGGGAGACUGUAAAGAUGGAGCUGGCACUGGCCCAGUUGUCAAGGAGUGGUUUGUGUACCCUGGGAACCCGCUGAGGCACCCGGACCUUGUAAGGCCUUUGCAGAUGACCGUUCCAGGGGGAACACCUAGUUUGGAAGUUUUGUGGUUGAACCAAGAACCAGAAACACAGGCCCAGCGCCUGGACACACUGCUAGCCUGCUUCAACCUUUCCUCCUCUAGAGAAGAGCUACAAGAGGUUGAAAGUUCUUUAAGAGCUCUGUGCUGUCUCCUGAUCUACCUGUUUGUCCAGGUGGACACUCUUUGCCUGGAGGAUUUGCAUGCGUUUAUUGCUCAGGCCUUAUGCCUCCAAGGAAAAUCGACUACACAGCUUGUAAACUUACAGCUGGAUUACAUCAACUCCAGAGCCGUGCAGCUUGGAUCCCUCCUUGUCCGUGGUCUUACCACCCUGGCACUGGUCAACAGUGCAUGUGGCUUUCCCUGGACAAUGAGUGAGUUCAUGCCUUGGAAUGUGUUUGAUGGCAAGCUUUUUCAUCAGAAGUACCUGCAGUCUGAGAAAGGAUACUCUGUGGAGGUUCUUUUGGAACAAAAUAGAUCUUGGCUCACCAGAUUCCACAACCUGAAGGCAGUGAUCUGUAAGGCCUGUGUGAAGGAGAACCGACGCAUUGUGGGCAGAUCUCACUGGACCUCUCACCAUUCAGGGAGAUGGGGGAGACAGGGCUCCAGCUCCUACAGGACAAGUAACACAUACAGCCAUUCUGGGCAAGGACAGUCAUGGAGAGACCAGGGUCCAGGAAACAGACAAUAUGAACAUGACCAAUGGAGAAGGUACUAGGCAUCUUCCAGGUAAGAUUUUCAAACCUGCAUCACUGGAAGAAUGAGUAGACACUGUCCUCAUAGCUGAGUCUUCCACACCAAGUGCCAAGAGGUUAUAGGGUCUGUCUGCAUGUUGCACCCUCCUCACUGGGAUCAUAAACUUGGUGCAAGAGACAUUUGCUUCCUCCAGAGACGGUUCAGAGAAAGGAGGACCAGCUCCUGGAUUCUCCUGACGUGCCCUUCGGAGCAGAGCCUUCAGAGGGAUGCCACCCAGCUGCCUCUGACCAGGGCCAGACCGCACUUGUGAAAGAAAUUAAAAAUACCCCUUACCACAGCUUCUGUCUCAAAUCCUGUAGAAAAGCUUCUCGGCUUAUUUUCAUAGGUUGUGCCCAAUGCCUUGGCCCAAAAUAAUCAUUGCUGGCGUUGCAUGUAUCAUCUCAGUCUCUACAUCCAAUGUAUGAAGCAGUUGUUUUCUCUUUUGAAUAAAUUGGAAUCUUAACUAUAUCUAGCCUUUUUGGAAAAAAAAAAGAUUAAUACUAGAUUAUGAUGUUCUCUAAAGUCAUUAAGUAGUCUUUGAAAACAAAACGUUCUAGUAUUUCAGAAAUGUUUUCUCAUUAGAAAUUCUAAUCAGGGCAGUGCACUGUGACCUAUGCCUAUAAUCUUAGCUACUUGGGACGUAGAGAUGGGGAGGAUCAUGGUUCAAGGCUCCCCAGGCAUAAAAUUCACAAGACCUCAUCUCAGUCAGUGGCUGAACACAGAGGUGUACAUCUCUCAUCCCCAGCUACUUGGGGAAGCACAAAUAGGAUCAGCAUAAAGUAAGAUCCUACCUCAAAAAUAAUGAAAUAAAAAAGGGCUGGG